UUAGUGUGUUACGUGUUGCAUCCAGGAGAGCAACAGUGUUUUUGAUCGUUUCGGCUUUUUUUUUGCUUUCGGUCGUUAAUCGGGUAAAAUGGGCGCCGUCAGGAGCUUGAAUUUCGCAGUGUGGUACUUGUUCGUUGCCAGUGCCCCGUUUUUUGAGGUAAAAACUGAUGGCUCGUGUGACAUUGAAGUGACCGAGACUCUUCGCACUCUACUGAAUCCGCAAGAGAAUGACUCCAUGCAAGUGCAAGCACUGCGCCGACAACUGCUACGAAAAUUUCAAGAGGCGUUAGACUUUGCCGAACUGGAGGACGACCGAAAUUAUAAACGAAACUUGGCAUCAUUGGCUGCUUGGAACAAUCUACCCGACGAACAUAAGCGUAAUCUUGAAGCAUUAGCUCGUUCUGGCACUUGGUACAAAACAUUGCCCGAUACGCUCCAAUCUGAUGAUACCAACUACAAAAGGAGUAUCGCCAACCUGGCAAAAAAUGGCCAGCUUCCCUUAAUGUUUCUUCAACACGACAACCAGAAGCGUGGUAUAGAAGCUUUAGCCAGAAAUGGCGACUUACUAAGACGUCAGAAUUUCCGGGACAUCAGGGAUACGUCGGAGGAUUUCUACGACAAGAGGAACCUGGGCAGCCUGAUGAGGAACUAUAAUUACCCUAUAGGGGGAGGAUUUGGAAAGAGGUCAGUUAGUAGUUUGGCCAGAUUGGGAGAGCUUCCGUAUUAUCCAAAGAGGAACAUCCAGUCAUUGGCUAGAGAUAGACAAAUUAUUGGAAAACGAGACACCGUUGAUAACUUCCAGGAUUCCUCGAAAGACGGUUCCGAGAAACGCAACAUCCAGUCGAUCAAAGCCCAAUACAAACAGAGCAGCCGGAACAAACGACAGGCCGAUCUCUCCUACUUCGACGACAAUAAUGGCAGUGACGUGUUUGGGAUGUAUCAAACCGGAAAGCCAUACGAUUACGACGAUCUCCUUCAGGAUCUGACGAUGGGCGACGUCUAUUCGGUCGAGGGUAAACGGUUUUUGGGCUCGUUGGCAAAAUCUGGCUGGCUCAGAACACCGGAUCGAGACAGUCCAUUUGCUUCUCAGCCAGAGAAGCGCCAUGUCGCUGCUCUAGCUAGGUUGGGAUGGUUGCCAUCGUACAGAUCGGUACGAAGGUAUACCAGAUCUGGUCGAUCGACUGGCCUGUCUAAUGACGAUAUGUGCAGGGAGACUCCCGCAAAUGGGAAAACCCAAAACUACAGCCAUUCCAAAAUCACGCAGGUACCAUUAGAGAACAAGCGAUAUCUCCUUCAACCCGCAGUCGACAAUAUCAUCUUGAGAAAAAUGUUUACGCAUCCAAGAAUGACGCUGCAUUAAAUUUUUAGCAUGUAAUUGUUUUUGCAGAUUUCAGUGAACUAUUUAAAAGCAGAUCUAUAGCAAAAUAAUAUCUGUGGAUCUAAAAUUUAGUCGUUUAGUAUAAAAGUGGUGUAAUUUUAAUUCUUUUUGUAUCGCAUUGAACUCAACUCAGAGAACACCCUUACACGGGAUGUUUCAACAAACAUGCGCGUUAGACUUGAUAUAAACGUAGAUCUGAAGAAGCUUAAAUUUGAAGAUACGAACAACUUUUUUCUUGGUACGUUUGUUAAAACACUCUGUAGACUAUUGAAAUCUGCUUUUAAAUGCUCAUCCGUUUAACAUAAUCUUAAUCAAUCUUCCAAUUUUUGUGCAGAGUAAUUUUCCAGGCUGACAGAAUUUGUAGAUAUCGGAUAUAUUUAAAUGCUGCGAAAUGAAAACGUCUGUAUAGGGUGUUUUAUUUAUCAGUUAUCAAAAAAUGCUUUUCCCAGUUUGUGACAAAAACAGUUUCCGUGCUGCUUGCUUGCGAACAUAUGUGAAAUAUUGGGCAUUUCGACGUCACAAACGAAAAUUAAAGGACACAAUCAAUAAACAUCGGUCUGGAUUAGAUGUGUGGGGAUAUAAAUAGAGUCCACAUGCAUUGGGUGUAAUACCGAUGUCCGGACAAAAUGCGUGUUAUUCGGACGCAAAAUUACUAUUUAAAUAGGGAAGAGUUUAUUUUCAAUGGGCGGGUCUUAAACCGCUAAAGGACCAUUCGUUGUAAAGAACAAAAAUAAACAUUCUAAAACGUUUGUCAAAUCUCAAAAACAAUAAAACUUCAUUUUGCAAAUAUUGAGUCAAAAAAAAUGUGUGUGUUUCAAGGGUGGGGGGGGUUAAUAUUGCUCAGGUUUAUCUUUUCAGCUACUUCAACAUCACCAUCGGUGAAUGUUAAAUAUUCCUGUACAACAAGCUGUAUAUUGGUCCAGUUUUAAACUUGCGCCUCAUAGUUGCAAAUAUCAUUAGUCCCCGAUAUAACUCUGUUUCUUCCUGUAAUUUUGAGUCAUCUUAAUAUAUUCACAUUUAAUGAUUGUGUACUGAAUGUUAAGGUACAUGUACCUUAAACCGACUUGACUAGAUUUAGAUAUAUUUAUCGCAAUUCAAAUAAGGGGUAUAAAAACUUCAAAAGAAUAAAGCACCCUAUACUCGUUUAGUUAAAUUUAAUAUUUUUGUAUCUCCCUUGUAAUGCAUAUCCUUGACCAUCUACCAUAUCCGUUCCCUAUAUCAACCUUCACUAAGUAAAAAACGAUCAAGAAUAUCUCCUGAUACAUAUGCAAUUUAGAGACGUAACAUAUUAGAAGAUAAGGCCAAUUGAUAAGAGUUAAUUAUGGACAAGUAAUCUCCAUGUCCCAAAACGGAAUUCGAUUUUUGUAAGGCACGAUCCACUUGAAACUUCAUUUUCAGACAAUAACCGAUGUUUUGAAGCUUCAGUUUACUUUAUCGCUGGACAGCUCUGCGAGAUUGUAUUGUAUUUUCCCAAGGGGCUGGAUUUGUAGACAAUACUAUUGUAAGCUGUGUAAGACAAUAGACGGAUAAUAAUUUUAUCACAAUAUGUUAGGUAAACGGACAAUAAGUGUUUAAUAUUAAAUGACAAUAAUGUUAUAUAUUUACCCAGUAAAUUUUUUGUCUAAAUGUAUA